CAUUUUUCGGCGAAACUCUCGCGCGUUCUUCGGUUUUACAAGCUAAAUGAAAAUUCUAGUUGAUGCUGAUAGCUUCACGGUCGCCUCAUUCAACACACCGCUGUUGACGUACUGAGGAAAGCGGCCGGGAGUACUCUGGAAAAAAAAAAAAAAAAAAUGGAAAAACUGGGGCAGCCAAUCGCAAACUGGCUCGGCAGCCGUCAGCGACACCCCGAUUCGUUCAUGUUUCUCGCGCUUGUGUUUAUGUUGGUUUAGCGCAAGUGUCAGCGCGCACACGUUCGUCUCUUCCUGCGGCGCUACCACCAUACUUCCAAGAUGCAAAUGCUCACAGUCCCCGUUGAGACGACCGUCUACCUCGGUGCGGUGGGUGUCAUUUUGGUGAUGCUCGGAGUGUUCUACCUCUACCUAAGCAAGAAGGUUUGCUUCACAACGAUAGGAGGCCUUCCUUGCUGCGACGGCUCCGUUUCAUCGCGUGAACGUGAACGUGAGCGACAGGUGAUCGCCAGGAACUUGGGGGCAGCAUAUGCUUAUGAUGACGUUGAGUCAUCAACAGACAGUGACGAAGAAGUAAUACAACAACUCCACCAUUCUGCCAGCCUGCAAGGGGGCUUUCUCAACAGUACAUCAUCUAGGAAAGUGUCAAGCAUGGGCCACUCCACUGAUCAUGCACAUGGCAAUGGGCAUCUGCCACAACCAGAUUUAGUUUCCCUUGCGGAGAAUGGACAUGUCGUAUCCACAGGGGCAGAGGCAGCGGAAGCAGCAGACACAAGCAGGGCUUCUUCUAAGGCAGCGCAGGGAAGUUCAACAGUUCGCACUGCUUUGCAGUAUGAGAAUGGUGCUUUUCUGAAGGCCGAAGACUCUCCACUUUCUCUGGCAGCAUGUGGGGGAACCGAUGAGCCCAUGCUGCUUGACUUGGCUGAAGAGGAACUGAGGUGCGUGGCCGAAGCUUCUGGUCUGCGUGGCCCUGGCCCUUCAGAGCAGACGACCCGUUGCGGUGCCCUUGAGCUCAUGUUUGAGUACAAUGAGUCAGCUCGCAAGGUCAUGGUCACCGUCCUGAGAGCGCACGAUCUGCCCAGUCGAGACCGUGGAGGAGCUAAUAGCGUGCAAGUGCGACUACUGCUGUUGCCCCAUAAGAGGCAGAAAUUCAGAACAAAAAUUAAACAAGCAGGCGAGGAUAUGACCUUCAAUGAAACCUUUGCCUUCACACGGAUCAGCCCUGAGGAAGUGAACACUAUGGGUUUGCGCGUACGGUUGUACGGGUGCGAGCGCAUGCGCCGAGAGCAUCUGGUCGGGGAGACCGUGCUGCCUUUCCAGUGCUUGGCUCUCGACCAGCCUUCCACCAUGUGGCUCAUGCUGGAACCACGAUCUAACCUGGCUCACUGGGAUUCCAAGUGUGAAAUUUCAAGCUUGGCCCGAUCAGACUCGACGAGCUCGGCGCAAUCGAUGCAGCAUGGAGGUCUGCCAGAACUGCUGCUAGGGCUUGCCUACAAUGGCACGACUGGUCGCCUUGCUGUUGAGGUCAUAAAGGGAAGCCACUUCCGCAACAUCACCAUGAACAGGGCCCCAGACACAUUUGUUAAGCUUACGCUGAUGUCUUCAAGCGGUCAGGAAAUAACCCGAAGCAAGACGUCUGUUCGGCGAGGGCAGCCAAACCCUCUCUUCAAGGAAACAUUUGUGUUCCAGGUUGCCCUCUUUCAGUUGCCCGAUGUGACGCUAAUGGUUUCGGUUUACUACAAACGAUCCAUGAAGCGCAAAGACAUGAUUGGCUGGUUCUCACUAGGUCUUAACAGCUCUGGCGAAGAGGAACUAUCUCACUGGAAUGACAUGCGCGAGAGCAAAGGAGAACAGAUGUGCAGAUGGCACGUGCUCCUCGACAGCUAGCAAGCUGAGCUCGUCCACAGGACGACUUCGCUUCCAUGCCUGAAGAGAAGAACAAGUCUUGCAGAAUCAGCUCAAUGAGAACAAGAGAGAGCUGCUCGUGUGUCUGCCUCUGAGAAAACGGGAAGUGCAUAAUAUCUUUGCUUGUUUUGAGGACAAUGCAUACUUUUCGCUGUUUCCUUCAGAAGAAGGCUGUUCCCUUCAGCUUUCCUCAGCUUGUUUUCUCAGUGCUUAGAUGAUGCAAACAUCACAGCUCUAAGUGGGGCUUUGUUUUGCUCAUUGAUAGCUUGACAGAAAUGGGAAAUUUUGCACGAGCACUAUAGUUCAAGCAACACCAUUUUGUUGGCUUUGCUUACGAGUGCAAGUUUGGAGCUUUUCCAGAAGGUCUGGAAUGUCGCACACCUUUGAUAUGAGCACUUGACUUGCAUCAGGCAUUGGAAUGCAUGUGGAAUAUAUUGUUACCUCUUCUUAUGCACUGAGCCAGGUGAUAUGUAUCAUAUACAGUACUACCAACACCGUUGAUGCUAUCUUCUCACGUGGCAGCAUACGAGAGCGCCCUGCGCUGUGGCAUCAGCCUACUGAUGCCUUUGCUCUUCAAACUAAACUGAGAUAUUGAAGCUACUCACAGAAUAUGUAAACACAAUGUGUGUUCCCCUCCCAUUUACUGUCUUUUUGACGCUGGCUGAAGAUAAUCCACAGCCAAAGCACUCUUUAGGGGAAAGACGCAAGUGUUCUGCUGCAAGUAUACUCAAACAUAUCUGUGCUCAGAGAAUGUGCAAACCUUUGAGGUGCACAUAGUGCACAUUUUGUAUGUGUGAAUGGAGUGAUACACACUUUCUUUGAGGUUUGUAUGCUACAUGACCGGUCGCUGCUUGUGGACGGGCACUAUAAUCUUUGAGAUAUGUGUGAAGAAUGUACUGAUCGAUGGUUCAUACAGGUGUUUAUUUCUUUGUUUAUUUAAUUACAUAUUCAUUAAUUUAUUUAGUUUUUCUACAUGUGUCCUUUGUUUGAAUGUCGUAAGUUUCUAUGUAUCUUGCCGGUGUGCUUUGCAGUCAGAUGGCCAGAUUUGGUACUUUGUUUGAACCCAUGUCUGGCUUCAUGCUUUUCCUUCUCAGCGGGUGUUUGUUGUGGCACAGUUCCAAUCUGUAGUUGUCGUGUUUGAAAAGCUUUUAGUAUUUGGUAUUGCUGACUUGUAGUUAAACAGGAGAGUUUCAGUAUGAACUAUAUGUUAUUAGAAUACUAGAAGGAAUGUUUCGCAGGGAGGUCUAGUUAUAAAGACCAGAAAUAGGUGAUGCAGUUUAUGUAAAAAAAUGUAGCAAACAAAAAAAUGAAAAAGAACAGAUUGAAGUAAGCUGUCUGAAGACUCUUGUACGCAAAUUCAACAUCCUCUUCGGAGAGUGAGUGUAAGCUGUGGCACAUUAAAAAGUUUUGAUGUUUGGCUGCUUUGCGCUGCUUGCCGAGAAAUCAGUUUUGUAUGUGAUCAGUCUUGAAUAGCACAUCCCGCAUAGUUUCUAUUGUGAUACCUUUAGCUGGCCCCAUAACCUUGCACUUUCUAGGCAUUCAGUGCUCCAAAUACAUACGUGUAUGUGUGCGUGUGUGAAUAAUUGCCAGGGCUGCCAACUUGGGGGAAAUCUUUAAUAUUUAGCCAGCUUUCAUAGAAUGCCAAGUGAAAAAUGUGGACAUUUUUUACUAUGAGGGAAUUUCUAGCUUCCUGGAUUUUGCGAGCUUCAAAGUUAUAAAUUUAUAUUUUCUGAGGAAUACUGUUGAUUCAUGCACACGGGUACAUACGAUUUUGUCUUUGAGUAAUUUAGUCAUCAAGUUCAGAAAAGUGUCUUGGUGCGUUGCAGUACUUGUCAUUGCAGCAUAUCUGAGAACUUAUAAUCACGAUUCAACUGCAACUCUGAAUCUACCUGGCAAUCUUGCCCUUUGCACCAAUAGACAUUUUCCUAGGCAGAUUUGGCUGUAACAACUGUAAGUUCACUUUAGGACAAUAAGAAUGUAAAUAUGAAAGCUCUUAAUGCCACUUAAUUUAGCAAUAACUUAAGAGACAGAGCAAAAGGAUGGAACACUCCUGUCACAUUGUUUGUAACGUUUAUUUUGUGGGGUAGGCAGCCCUGGUAUGCAUUGUCUCUUGUGUGUCUAAACAUCUUCGGUCUCCAAGCACAGUUCUCAAAAGUCUGGGAAAUGUGCCGGCCGAGGACACAGUACCUUUGUCUCGCCUUGGGCCGAGAUGCUCAGCAUUGAUGCUGGUGGUCGUCCCUAUGGGAGUGUGGAAGCCUUUCUUUUUUGCCUGUUGUCCCACUGUUGGGUCUUUUACGAACACACAUUUCUAUAUUUUGCAAGCAUGUUGGCAGCCAAGUCUGCUUUGAUUCUUUCGAGCUUGAGCACUGCCUUCACAACACCCCAAGAAGCAAAAUGAGCUCAGUGUUGAGUUGACCCAAUGUGCAUUGAUUGACUGACCAAAAGUGCUCUGCCCAGCCAUGCUGGAAAUGGUUUGGAUGGUCUUUAGAAAUGAAAUGUAGCAUGAUGCGGCUCACUGUUGACUUCCCGAUGUCGGCUCGAUGUGUGCAGCGGCUGAAUUGGCAGAUGUUGGCCCAGUGAUGAUAAGCUUUCUCGAAUAUGAUUGGUAUGACAUAAAAACAUUGCGUUAGCCUAGCCUUUUCCUUUUUUUUUAAGCCAGCCUCCAACAAACCUCUAGAAUACUCGACUGGUUGUUCCACAGUGCUUUGACAGUGUUCUGAUGGUCCUGUAAAACAACAAUGAAGCUAUAUUACAUGGAAGCUUUAGUAGCAUUGUUCUGGCCUUGCUGACACAAGGCUUAGCUGCUUCAUUAAAUGGCCAUUGAAGCUUUGUAGGAGUGAAUAUAGAAAACAAUGAAUCAAAGAUGUCAUUAGAUGCAGGAGAUUUUGGAUCGAUGUGCAACUAAACUUGAUUUACCAGCUAUGUUGGCUUGCAGUGGGAGAACAAUGAACUUCCAAUGAUUAUAGUCAGCCAUGUGCACUUGGGGUGCUGCAAGACUCUGAUGCACGAGGGUAGUUGUGAUGCACGUGCAGAAGUGUUAAGGUAGAGCUCAAGUUUAAAGUGGUUCAUAUUGAACUAACAAUUAAGUGUUGAACCAUGUUUUGUUGUGUGUUGUGCCAUAUCCCGUCUGAUAUAUUGUGUAGACACGUCAUGUAUCAGCGGGUAGUUUGGUGCAGCAGAUUCCCUGACAUAAUUGAGAGUCACAGCAUUCCCUAAUAUGCAUGCUGUUGAUGUUGAGAAAUGCAUAAUAAGCACAGUGGCCCCCCAAGACCUCAAUGUUGUUAACCUUGUUUGUUUCUGGCAGUCGCAGCAGAGCCUUAAGUUAGCUAUAAACCUGCUGCUGACUGGCUGUUGACUGGCUGUUGACUGGCUGUUGACUGGCUGUUGACUGGCUGUUGACUGUAAGACCUGCAGUAGGUGUAGCAAUCUUGGUGUUUCCACCGACAUCUAAUUUUGUGAAAAGAAUGACUUUCACCCGUUACAAAGUACCCUUCUUGGCAGUGUUGUGCCCUGUCAUUGCAUCUUAAUAAGCAUUAAUUGCAGUCCUUCAUUAACAGUUUCUAGCCACAUCGAGGCAUUCACCAGUAAGGUGCAAGAUGGAUUCAGAGCAAAAUUUUAGGAAGCUUAGUCUUUGAUUUGUGCACUUGUAAAAACUGUUGCACAGUUUUUCAUUUGAGCUGCGGAAAACUUGAUGAGUGUUUAAUUUUACGUUUCUGGCAGUGCCAAAGAAAGUGUGUUUAUUGCCGAGGAAUGUUACAGAAUAUGCAGCAACUGCUCUUCAGGCAUUUUUGAAGUGAAGUGCUGCAGUUUCUUAGCUACAGUUUUUAAAACACUGUUCACUAUGAACAGCCUGGACAAAUUGAAGGUAACAUUGCUUCUGGUACCACAUGUGGCAAUCUCUUGUUCCCUGGUUGCACCAUUACUCAGGUUAAGAGUGCCACAUUGCUACCGCUGUUUCCAGUGCUGUUGUCACCGAAGCAGCAGCUUUGCAUGAAUCUGUUAAGAAGUGCCAAGUUAGGUUUGUGUGGGAAGAAUCCAUACACUGAGAAAAAAUGUGGAAGAAAGUUUGCAUUAGCAGUGCAUAACCACAAUACGUAUUACUGGCACAGAGCCAAGAUAUUUCCAUCUUAUGUGGAUACCAUUCAAGGCGAAAACUUUUUGACAGGUUCAAGCUUAAGCUUGCAUCAACUGGUACUUGGCCAUGGUACCAGUUGAUGAUCAUGGUACCAGCACAUUGUUCUACCUGGUUAGCAUUUGAUUUAAAGUGAUUCCUGUUUGUCAAAUUCCUGCUGCUCUGCAUUUGGUUUCAACUGGCAAACGUUUGCAUUCAAAAUAGUAUAUGUAACUAAGUUAUACUGUGUAGGAAAUGAUAUUUCAGAAACCAGCGCAAUUCGUUCAUCUCCACUGGUUAUCUUUAGGGUUCAGUAGACAACCAGCCCACUGUGUGAAUGAUUAACUGGCACCAAUUCCAGCCAGUCCCAGCAUCAAACGAUCACACCACUCUGGCAUCACUCAGUUGUACAAGGUCGUUGCUACCAACCUUGUACCAACUGGCACCAGCCAUCAUGUUUGUACCUAUGUGGUACCAAUUAUUUGUUUUCUUGAAACCACUUAAACUGGAAGUUGUGCAAAUUGACUGGCAAGAUUUCUGCGUGGGAAAAAAAGUUGAGGCAAUUGAGUAUCCUUAAUCAAUGUGUUCCUUAAUCCUUACAAGUUGAUGCAAUUGAGUAUCCUUAAUCAAUGUGUUCAUUGCAUAGUGGUAAAGCAUAUAACAAGCUGCUUGAGAGUUCACAGAACAUCUGGUGACUUAUGUGCUGUGUUAAGACUCUCUUGCGACUUAUGAUUUGUACGUGCUGACAAACAUAUGCUGCUUGUUAACCAAGUGAAAGUUUGUCGAGCUCCUUGAGCAUAGUUUGCAGUGCAGCUUGCGCAGUAAAUAUGAGAUGUGAUAGCUUGUAUGCUUCUUCUGUCCCUGGAAACAUUCACAAGACUUCUUCUUGUUGAACUCGCAUUUGCAAUGCUCAAAGGCAAUGUAAAAGGGGUACAGGGGGCAAUCAAGCAGCGUUGUAUGUUUGUAUGUCUUGUCGUUUCACCAAGCAAGCUCGGCAGAAGUGCAUAGUGUGGAGGAAGAUCAACUUGCACAUUGAGCCGUCGAAUAAUUCACCCUUGCCCUGCCAUUUACAGCUGAACCUCGUUAUUGUGAAGUCACAUCCUACACAAAAAUACCUUCAUUAUGUCCAACAUUCAUUAUAAGCAUUAAUUCGUUACAUGCUGAUGAGGACGAAAAACCUUUUUUUAUAUUUACAUCGUUAUAUCCGGUAAUUUGUUACAUCCGAUAAUUCGUUGUAUCUGUGUUCGUUAUAUCGAGGUUCGGCUGUACUCCCGGUUAACUCUGUUGGUAAAGCAACUGUGCCGGGGAUGUGGUGCUGCUGGGUUCAGUCCCCAGAGCAGGGUGACUUAAUCUUCAACUGCGAGUUUUCCAAGAAAUCUGCAUGAGUUCUCUUCGUGGUGUCGUACGACUCUCGGGUGAAUGCCCACUUCGCAUUCAUCACCUCUUUGUGAGCUGAGCGUACAGGUGCUUCAAGUGUCAUUUCACCUCAGAGGCAGCAAUGCUGGGUUUCAUCCUUCGUGGCGAAGGAGAAACCCACCCGGGUAAAGUGAGACCACGUUUUAUUGACAUGUAUAUCGCGUUUGCAGCGUGUGAUAUUUUCCUUUGUCACUCGUAAUUCUUCGUGGUUGUAACCUCACCGGCAUGUAUUUGUGAUCAUCUGCACUGCACAUUCGGUCUUCUUUUUCUCUGUACUGCACCGUCGUGAAAAGUAAUGCCGUGUGAAUCUCACAAAAUCUAGAAUGACACCCGUGAUGUUUUAUUUGGCAGUUCGUUAAAACAGCACACAAACAAUGCGUGAUCUAGUUAUUGAACUGUCUAAUUUUGUGUGAACUGAAUGGUUUAUAUUUAUUAAAGAGCUCACAUGACUGAUGUAUUUAGUUUGCAUAUGUCAGUUGUGAGCUUGCAAGAAUCAACUGUGAAAAAAAAAUUUUUUUAAGUUGAAUCUGCUUUGUUUGUGUUUGGUCCUUGCAGAAUGUUUCUUUUGACUAAGGGGUCCUAACAGGCUUGGCAUCCUGAAUAUCCAGCAUACAUUUUCUCAUCAUCGACAGUGCCAAUCCAGCUUGUUGCCCCGUCAAUGUCGCUGUUUUGUCGUGACACACAAGUCGCAGCAGGUGCCGUUAGUUGGACGAACCUCUGCAUUAACUGGAGCAUGGGGACAACUCAGUUUGGCGCAUUCACUUGCCAUGUAAUGAGAAUUAGAAAGAAAACAGCGUCGCUGUGAUGUGGGACGUCAAAAUGCUUCUGCGUAUAAGAGUGCAUCAAUUAUGCACGAAUAAGGAUGAGGACAAGUUGUCGGCAUCGGGCGAAGGAGAGAAGGGAGUGAAGUGCCUCUGCAGCAGCACUGAUGAGAAUAUUGUUGCUUUAAAGGGAUAAUAGAGAGAAAAAUAAGUUGAACGGUAAUAGUAAAGCAUGUUUUUACAAUGCCAAAAAAAAGCUACUCUUACUGUGAGAAGUGGCUUGAUGAACCAGCAAAGAUGCAAAAAUGAAACACAUGUGAUGAUGCUGCCUUGAGCUUCUCAUUAGCUCACCUUGAUGUCAUUGAUUCAGACGGCAUUCUGCCCUUGUCAACCUAAUUAUUUAUUAGUAAAGAUAGGCUACAUUGUAUUCUAAAGGAGCCAGACUGAACUUAAGUUUUGAGAACAUUUACGGUGCGACAACAGCCCAGUUAUGAAAAAAAAACUUUGACAUCGUUUGAUAUGACACUGACAUUAAGGCACUGAGAUUUUGGUACAAACUUUGACACAAAAUUAAAGUUCAAACUUUAUUGGAUUUUCUAAUAAUCAAACUCCUAAUGAAUGUGAAAUUAACUAAAAUAGAGUUUUUAAUAAAUACUUUAUUGGUCUAAACUGAUUCUAGUGUUCGUUUAAAUGUUUGUCACUUGUGUGGACACUCGCAUGUUGUGUGCAUGGAACCAAGCCUGCUUAGUACACCUUGGAAGAAUUGCUGUAUGGCUACAUUCUCCAAGAACGUUACCGGAUUUAUUAUUUGUGACUGUUUGGCAAGUGCAGAUGUAACUUUUUUGUGGUUCAGCACCCUAAUUAUUGAAAAUGUGUUCUGUUGGCUAAAAAUAAUGUUAUAUCUGCACACCCAUACUAGUGUGAAGAAAACAUUUGCCAAGUUUAUCGAACUCUGAACCCAAAGCAAUGUGGCAAAGCUGUCGUUAUGGAUCACUUGUGUAGUAAAUGUGAUUGUUACAGGGCGAUUUUUUUUAAAGAAAGAAAUUGCCUUUGUACAUGUGCAUAUAUUACAGUUCCCACAAAUUGUUGACUGUUGCUUAUGGACAAAUCAUUCUGUUAGAGCCUCCUUUCUUUGUUGCACAUUAAAUAAUGUUUGAAAAGAUAA